GAUCGGGAGAGACCGGGAUCGGCACCGAGAUCGGGAUCAGAAUCGGGACCGGGAGCGUCCGGUACCGGGAUAAGCACCGGGAUCGGCACCGGGACCGGGAUCGGGAUUGGGACCUGAACCGGGAUCGGCACCGGGAUCGGCACCUGUACCGGCACUGGGAGCGUCCGGUACCGGGAUAAAAACUGGGAUCUGGACCGCGACCGGGAUCAGGAUCUGAACCAGGACCGGAAUCUGCACCGGGAUCAGCACCGGGAGCGACCGGGACCAGGAUAAGCACCGGAAUCGGGAUCGCAACCGGGACCGGGAUUAACACCGGGAUCGGCACCGGGACCGGGACUGGGAUCAGAACUGGGACCGGGAUAAGCCCCAGGAUCAGAACCAGGAACGACCGGGAGCGGGAUAAACACCGGGAUUUGUACCGGGAGCGAUCAGAACCGGAACCGGGACUGGGAGCGGCACCGGGACCCACCGGGAGCGGCACCGGCACCGGGAUCAGUUCGGAGCUCCCGCGUCUCUCCAAGCUCCGGUUCCGCUCCCGAACCGGGACGGGACCGAAAACAGAACCGGGAACGGCCGGGAUGGGACCCGGGACCAGCGGGAACCGACCCGGGACCACCGGGAUCCUCCUGCUCCUCCUGGCAGCGGCGGCGGCGGCGACACCGAGCACAGCGCACCCGCCGUGCCCUCCCGACCAUUUCCAGUGCGGGGACCUGUCGUGCCUGUCGCGACAUUUCCUCUGCGACGGCGACCGCGACUGCGCGGACGGGGGGGACGAGCUGGGCUGCGCCCCUCCCCCCACGCCGCCCUGCCCCCCCUCGUCGUUCCGCUGUCGCGACGGCGCCUGCGUGCCCCGCCUGUGGCGCUGCGACGGCGAUCGCGACUGUCGCGACGGCAGCGACGAGGGGGAGGGGCUGUGCGGGACGCCCCGCCCCCCCCCGCCCUGCCCCCCCCUGCAGUUCCCCUGCGGCUCCGGGGAGUGCGUGGCCGCCGGGUGGCGCUGCGACGGAACGGCCGACUGUCGCGAUAGUUCCGACGAGCUGGGGUGUGCCCCGCCCCCGCCGUGCCCCCCCGGGCAGUUCCGCUGUCGCGACCGGCGCUGCAUCCCCGCGGCGCGCGCCUGCGACGGGACACGUGACUGUCGCCAUGGAGACGACGAGGAGGCGUGUCCGGAGGCCCCGGCGUGCCCCGGCCCGCAGCGGUUCCGCUGCCGCUCGGGUGAAUGUAUCGCGAUAGCGCAGGUCUGCGAUGGGCGGCGCCACUGUCGCGACUGGUCCGACGAGCCGCUCAAGGAGUGCGGGGUGAACGAGUGCCUGCAGGGGUCCGGGGGCUGCUCCCACUCCUGCCGGGAUCUCCCCAUCGGCUUCGAGUGCAGCUGCCCCCCAGGAAUGGGGCUGGGCCCCGACAACAGGACCUGCCAUGCCCUCCCCGGGACCCCCGAACCGGAGCCCCAGAGCCGCAACCUCAGCGCCGAGGGACACGCCCCCAACGGGGACCUCGUCCAACUGGGCGGGGCCAGAGGGGCGGGGCCAUGGAUGACGUCACUGGGGGUCCUGCUGCCCCUUGGUCUGCUGCUGUGCCUGGGCCUGGCCGGGCGGGCGCUGUGGCGCUGGUGGCGCCGGCGCAGCACCAACAGCAUCAGCUUCAGCAACGCCGCCUUCCGGAAGGUUCCGGAGCAGCUGCAGGGGGCGGGGCUUGGGGACACGCAGUGGCCGCUGGCAAUGGAGGAGGAGGAGGAGCCCUGAGGGGCCGAGACCCCCCCGAGACACCUGGGGACACCUGGGGAACAUCUGGGGACACCUGGGGACACCUGGACACACCUGGGUGCACCUGCGGAACAUCUGGAGACACCCAGGUGGACAUCUGGAUGUACCUGGACACACCUGGGACGCACCUGGGGACACCAAAGAACACCUGGAGACACCUGGGGGCACCUGGGGGGACACCUGGGCACACCUGGGCACACCUGGGUGCACCUGGGGACACCUGGGGACACCUGGAUGGACACCUGGACACACCCAGACCACGUUGUGCACACCUGGGUCCACCUGGACACACCUGGGAACAUCUGGGACACAGCUGGGUGCACCCAGAUGCACCUGGGGACGCCAAAGAACACCUGAGAACACCUGGGGGGACAUCUGGGGACACCUGGGCACACCUGGGAGGGGCUGAGUGCACCCAGAGGUGGCCGUGGGCACACCUGGGACACACCUGGGCACAUCUGGAUGAAGCCACGCACACCUGGACGUGACCGCAGACACACCUGGGCACAGCUGUGAACACCUGGGCACACCUGGACGAGGCUGUGCACACCUGGGCGUGAAUGUGGGCACACCUGGGCACACCUGGGCAUCACUUCAGACUCACCUGGGCACACCUGGGCACACCGGGGCAUGGAUGUGGACACACCUGGGCACACCUGGGCAUCACACCUGUCCCUACCUGCUCUCCGCUGCCCCUCUCACCUGUCCAGGUGCCCCCGGUUUCCCCCAGGACAUUUUUUAGGAAUUUUUUUUAAACCAAAAUUUCCCAAUCCGGGCCCAAAUUGAGGCCUCUGUGAAAGGGGCGCGGCCAAUGUGGCCACGCCCUGCGAUGUCAAUAAAGGUUUAUUUAUUAAU